GGAGGUGAUAUCAAUAUUAUGUACUAUCCCAUCUGUGGAGCGUGGCGAGACCUCCCCCGCACCAGGUACGCCCUAACCGCUUUGGGAGUAGCACCCAACUCUAAUAUUGACUGUGGUGCACAUUUACACGUGGCCCCUGCAGAGUACCAAAGGCUUAUAAGUCUGCUUAGUAAGUGUCAGCCGAACUCCCAAAAAUCUUUUUUUUCCUUCCUCACUUUUCCCGCAGAAAACCUCAGAGGUCGGUUGCACUCCUCCCAACUUCACUCAUACACAGCAUAUUAUGCCCUCAACACACAACCGCGACAAGCCGUGGGACGAUGGCACGGUCGACAAGUGGACGGUUCCCGAGUUCAAGCCCGAAGACAACGCGACGGGCCAGCCGUUUGCGGAAGAGUCGUCGUUCGCGACGCUCUUCCCAAAGUACAGAGAAGCCUACCUGCGCGAGAUCUGGGGCGAGGUGACGCGCGCGCUCGAGCAGAUGCAUGUCGCGUGCGUGCUUGAUCUGGUCGAGGGUUCGAUGACGGUCAAGACUACCCGCAAGACGUACGAUCCGGCGGCGAUUCUCAAGGCGCGCGAUCUUAUCAAGCUGCUGGCGCGCUCGGUGCCGCUGCCGCAGGCGCAAAAGAUCCUGCAUGACGAUCUGCUGGCGUGCGAUAUCAUCAAGAUCGGAUCGCUGGUGUCGAACAAGGACCGGUUUAUCAAGCGGCGGCAGCGCAUUCUGGGACCGCAGGGAAACACGCUCAAAGCGCUCGAGCUGCUCACGAAUUGCUACAUCCUCGUGCAGGGAAACACGGUGGCGGCGAUGGGUCCGUACAAGGGCUUGAAGGAAGUGCGCCGGGUGGUCGAGGACUGCAUGAAAAACAUUCAUCCGAUCUACCACAUCAAGGAGCUGAUGAUCAAGCGCGAGCUGGCCAAGAACCCCGAGCUCGCAAACGAGUCGUGGGACCGCUUCCUGCCGCACUUUAAGAAACGCAACGUACAGCGCAAGAAGCCCAAGAAAGUGCGCGCAAACAAGCCAUACACGCCGUUCCCGCCCGCGCAGCAGCCGCGCAAGAUCGAUCUGCAGCUCGAGUCGGGAGAGUACUUUUUGUCGAAGCGCGAGAAAGCGCAGCAGGCGGACGAGGAAAAGAGGGAGCAGCGGGAACAGAAGAAGCUGGAGAAGAAGGCCGAGCGGGAGAAGGAUUUUGUGCCGCCGGAGGAGGACGCGCCAAAGAAGCGCAAGAGCUCAGACGAACCGGAGAAGAAGAAGAAGAAGAAGAAGCACAGGAAGGAGGAGUAG